AUGCCAGGGAGACUAUUGGGCUCCCACUCCCACGCCCAGGCCCAGCUGGGCACUGUGAACGGACGGGAGGGGGCUCCGGUGGGGGGUGGGGCGGGGUCCGGAGCCGGGGAGCCUGGCGGGAGCCAGCACCUAUGCUCGCCGCGUUCCGGCCUGCCUUUGGCACCCCUCUCACCCCACACGCCCCUCCCGGGGGGCCCUUUCCGCGCGCCGCGUCCCAGGGUGCAGCCUGGCGGCCGUGCCUGCACCGUGGGAAGGGGUGGAGGUGGGGCCGGGACGCGGGGCUAUGGGCCGGGCGCGGGGCCGCGUUGCCCGCGAUGCCGGGCGCAUGCCUCAGCCUCUGCCCGAGCCCGAGAUGGGGUCAGAGGCUGCAGCAGACGCCAGCAUCUCCCCGCCGGGGCCUCGAGGACCGGGCAGCCAUCGCCGCCAUCGCCGCCGCCGCUGUUGCCUGCGCUGCUGAGACCAGGCUGGAGAUGGAGCCUGAAAUGGGGUGAGAGGCUGCAGCAGACGCCAGCAUCUGCCCGCCGGGGCCUCAAGGGCCGCGCAGCCAUCGCCGCCGCCGCCGCCGCUGCUGUUGCCUGCGCUACUGAGAACAGGCUGGAGAUGGGCCUCGCCUUCGCACCCCUCUCAUCCCACACGCCCCUCCCGGGGGGACCGCCCACGCUCUGCGUCCCAGGGUGCAGCCUGGCAGCCCGUGCCUGGACCGCGGGAAAGUGUGGAGGAGCUCGAGAUGGGGUGAGAGGCCUUAGCAGACGCCAGUAUCUCCCCGCUGGGGCCUCGAGGGCUGCGCAGCCAUCACCGACGCUGCCGCUGUUGCCUCCGCUGCUGAGACCAGGCUGGAGAUGGGUGAGUUGACCCUGGCGUCCAGGGUGACCCUAGCCACAGCCCCUCCAUCCCCGCACUCCUGGCCCUCCGCCUCCAUCUCUGGGCUCCCGGCACAACCCCCACCCCGCCAAGCCGUCAGGACUCCCACAGCCCCCUCCCUCCCUGAGCAUCACCCUAUGGGCUGGAGUGGGAGCCCCAUGACCAGGGGUUGGGGGCAUAGAGACAAGGAUGUGGGGGCAGGAUUCCAGGGAGACUACUGGGCUCUGACGCCCCCUCCCCCAACAGGCUGGCCCCAGGACCUUUCCCAGGCCCUGGAGGGCAAAGCCUCAUGCCUUAGAUCCCCUCCCUAGGCCUGGGCAGGGGCAUCCCCUGGGCGCUGGGCUCAAAAGGCUCUUUGUGAGCUGUGCCUCCCACUCCCCAAGCCUCCAGCGGGGUCCUGGAACAGGGCAGGUGCAGAGGCCGGGACUGUGGCUGCUUGUCUGGACCAGGCGGAGGGGUGUGGGGAGAGCACCCCUAGUCCUUUCGUUGGGUUUGGGGCAGGGGGUGGGGGGCGCGUCCAGGCUCAUGUGCUUUUCACUGCACUGCCCAGGGUGGGGAAGGGAACCUGGCUGGAGGAGGGUUCUAUCAAUAUCUGCAAAUAGUGGGUUCUGGAAGCUGGGUUGGGGAGGGUAGCUUGGAUGUAAGUCAGAAUGGUGGCACCUGAGCUGGAGUGCCAUGAGAAGCAGAGGUGGGUCUCAGCCAGCCCUAGUAGCUGGAGGUCAGGUGACUCUCCUGGCUCUGGAAGACUCCCUAGAAGGCCUGUGGGCAGGAAUACUACCCCAGAGAGACCCCUCCAUGGCCCCCCAGAACUGGCACUGCCCCAUUCCCAUAGCAUUCCUUGCCACUCCUGGGACACCAGUCAUGACCUGCCUUGAUGGGGAGCUGUGGAUACUGGCGGGUCACCUCCCCGGGCAGGGCAGGUACUGAAGAUCCAGGCCUCCGGGUGCUGAGGAGAUAGGCACAGGGUCUUGGGAAAGUUUGGAAGAGUUUCUGCCAGUCCAGGGAGGAGAGGGAAGUUGCUGGAAGAGUUGGCUUGCUCAGCACUAAAGGGAAGAGCACUCUAGGUAGAGGGAACGGCUGGAGCAGAAGCUGUGAGAUGUGAGCAGCUGGUCGGGGUGGAGAGUUGUGGAAGGGGGGGCUGGUCAGGCACGGGAGUGACCCAUGUGAACGAAGGGAAGGAGGGCCAGGUGGAGGUGAGGUGUCAGGCCAUCCCAGCGAGCUGGCACAAGCAAGCUCCCAAGGACAGUGAGGAGCUGAUAGGGGGGCAGUGCUGCCAUCUGGCUCAGCAGCCCCUCUGGAGUCUGCCCAGGGUCCCUGCUGUGGUCAGGGCUGUUUGACCCACAUCUGCCGGUGGCUGGACCACCCCAAGCAAGUCUGCUUUCUGAGUCUCAGUGUCCACAUCUGUCAAACGGGGAGACUCCUCCACAGGGUUGUGGGGAGAUCUGCAUGAGGUGAUGAGUGUAGGGAGCCCAGCACCUGAGGUCUUGGAAAAUCCUUGGCCGCUGUGCCAGUAUGUUUACCUGGAAAACGGGGGCAUUGAUGUCAGCUGGUGGGCCAGGCUAACUUUACCCUGUGGCGAUGAGGAUCCUGUGAGGGCUGGAUGUGACCCAGGGAAGCCAGGGCUGGGGGCACUGCAAGUCCGUGUGCUCAUGCUAUUCUGGAAGAAGAGAGAAGCAGUGGGCCGUGGCCGGGGCGGGGUGGUCCUCCUUGUGCCCCUAUGGGCACCUUAGCCAUGGCAUUCAACGGACCCUGCUGUGUUCCUCAAGGCCAAAGCCUCUUUGUUCUCCUUGCUGCACAAUGCACCCCUUCCUCCUAGUCAGCCCUAGCCCUGCACAUGGGGGACCAGGGCUCCCUUCCAGAAGGUUCUUCAGACACUGAGACCAACAAACACAAUAUCUUCCUGUGAGGGGCACUGUCAUGGGCAGCCGGGUGGAGAGGACACAGACCUUAGCCCCAGGAGAAUGGAAUCUAGUUGUGCAGCAAAACCAGUUGGGCCUCCAUGGUCUUGCGUAGCACUGUGCUGGCUGCUUAGGGGUGUGGGGUGGGGAGGGCCGGGUUUGGGGGGUGGGGGGCUGGGCGUUGCAAUAAUUGCACCUUGGGACAGUCAAGGGCAGAAAUUAAAAGCAAGGACUCCAGAUUCAGUGGCCCAGGUUCAAAUCUCAACUCUGCCACUUUUGUGUGAACGUGGACUGGUGACUCUGCCUCUCUGUGCCUCUGUUUCCUUGCCUGUAAAAUGGGAACGAGGCACACUAGUGCUAUUUGAACAGCUUGGUUCAGUUUCUAGUGCGCAUUUAUGCCCCCUCUUCCAGAAUGGGUCUCCCAGCUAACCCCUGCGUCCAGGAAGAUUACACUGCCUGCUCCAGUAGGCUAUCGUCUUCCUCUUGUGUGUGAGUCCCUAUAGGCGGGGGCCUGUCUUUCUGUGUCCGUUGCUUGGGCAGGGGGCAAUGGUGUGCUGGCAACAGGCCCUCUGGGAGAAAAAGGUACCUGAUAAACAGCGUUGGCAGGUUUCCACGGUGUAAAUCUUCCAGCAAGGCCAAUUUGAGGCUACCAACAGCUUAACCAUCUCGCAGUGGGAGCUGGUCCAUGCCAGCUUUAGCACCCAGGUAUUCAGUAGGUGCUUAAUAAAUGAUGGUUGAAUAAGGAGAGAAGGCUCCAGAGACUUGGAGAGCUGCCAGGCCAUACUAUAGCUGAGAGAGGGAGGCAUCCGACAGGCUGAGGCCAGGACAAGAGACUACUCUGAAUAAGUAACCCGUGGUGAGAUGGAGGGCAGAGGGGAAGGAGGACUGGUGUCCUCCCUUCCUGGGAACCUCUGCACCUCUGACCCUGCGUCACUUCUGUUCUGGAUCCUCUUGACCUUGGCCUGGUUCGGGCUGUCUGCACAGAAUGACCUAACUGGAUCCCAAGCAUUAACCUGACAGAGCUCUGAGAAAGGGUCCAGACGCGUCUCAAACCUCAGAUUCUAUUCCCUUGCUUAUGCUGUUCCCUCUGCCUGAAUGUCUGUUCCACCCACUUCUUCCUAUGUGCCCUGAAACUCUGUCACCCUUCAAAAGCCUCCUCCACCCCAAAUCCCACAGACACUCCUCCCCUUCUGCUGUUUCUCUGGCCUUGCAGCCCCUCUCGUGUGCACCCUGCCUGUCCAUAAAAAUAUUAGUAGCUAACAUUGCAUCUGGACAACAACCUAUGAUAGAGGUACUGUGAUAAUCCCUUUUGCAGAUGGGGGAAUGGAGGCUCUGUCUUGUUAAGGACCACCCAUCCUUUGCCUCUCGGCUUCAGCAUCCGUUCAUUGUUCAGAGAGGCUCCUUGCUGUGGGCUGGGCAGAGCACCACUUCUCUUUCUUCAGUGUGUUUGCUGUGGCGUGUUCCACUAGGCCGUGAGUUCCCUAUCCUAUAGGAGCUUGAAUGAAUGAAUGAAUGAAUGAAUGAGUGAAUGACUUUCAGCCCCAAGGAGCAUCCCUGUUCUUUUACCCAUUCCUCUUCCCUUUCCCUCCCUGUGGGAGGAGACUAACCCUCCAGAGGGCAUCCUCACACCAUGGAGGGAUGGUCACAGGGACCCUGCUUAGCCACACCUGCCAGAAGGGAAGGGGAAGUGAGGCUUUGGGCGGGACUGAAAGCAGGCCUGGUAGAAGGGUAGUGGACCACCCUCCUGUGGUCUAGAGUGGGGCUGACAUGGGCCCACAGCACUGACUGUAACCCAGGAAGUUAACGGGGGCCCAAAAUACGUUUUCUUGCACCGCCCCAUGUGGAAAUUCCCCUGUUGGCCCACUUAUUUUCAUUUUAUCUAGAAAAAUAAGGUUGGAAACAAUCAUUCACACACCCUAAUUACUCCGUGGAUUUAUGAAUUUAGAGCCUGUUUGGCUCUAGACUUUGGCUCCUGCUGAAGGAGGAAUCCCCUGGGCUGGGAGGGGCAGGGUGAGGGCCAAGGCAGGAGGCCAGAGCCUGCUCUGACGCUGGGGCCUCCUGGGGGUCUGACCUCCAGUUGCCCUCUCCUAGCAGGCUGGGAAUUUCCCAGAAGCAGCAGCCCAGAUGGGGGUCUGAGCAAGGGAGGGUGGCCAGGGGCAGUCUCCAGGAUUCUGGUUGACCGGGGCCCAUAAUGGAUGACUUCCCAGGGUUUUCUACCCCACCUCUACCUCUGAGUCAUAAUAAUUUGCUGCUAUUUAUCGAGCACUUACCAUGUGCUGGGCGCUGGGCCAAGCACUUUGUCGGCAUCAUUUCAGCUAUGCCUGCUAACUUCCCUUGAAGCAGGUACUAUUAUUCUCCCCUUUUGGCAGUUUGAGUGUGCCUGGGGCCCGGGGCACAGGGCCGAGAAGUGGUGGGGCUGCGAUUGUAUCCAGCCUGUAGGACCCCCAUAGCCCAAUGGGGCCCCUUGAAUAGGCCCCUCAGUCACUCAAAAGGGAACGGUCUCUGAAGCCUGGACGCCCGAGACAACCACGUCACUGGUGUCCUGGCCUCCAGGCCACCCUCCUUGUGGCCCUGAUUGCCACUCCCUUCUUCCCCGUAGUCCUGGGGCUCUGUCUCUGGAAGCCCCGUGGAGCCUCACCUGGCAGCUUGGGGAAAAUACAGACUUCCCAGGCCCUGCCACACCCCGCUGAGUCAGAAUCCCACUACGGGAGAGGGGGGUGGAAACCCAGAUUUUAAAAUGUUGUCCUGGGGAUACAGAGGCUUGCAGACUCCCAGAACCGCUGCCCGGCCCAGUGGAGUUCAGGCUGCUUUAAGAGACUCCCUUGCCCUUAACCCAGAUCCCUAUGACCCUGCCCCUGCUUGUGUUCUCAGGCUCUGCCCCCUGCUACCCUAACCCAGCUCUGCACACAUCACACCAUACUCACCCCCCACACCCCAAUUUGCUUUUAUCCAGGCACCUGAUGCUGCUGUUUCCUUCUGGAAACAGGUCCCAGCUGGCCACAGACCCCCACAGAGCUUGUGUAAUACUCUGGACCGGUCGAUCGUGGCCCCACUCUUGCUAACCCGGGCCUGGCACACAGCCUGGGGGAAUCAUGGUGGGUGAGCGAUGGUGGCCGGGGAGGUGGAACAAGGGAGGGCUGCUCAUGACAGGUGGGGCUUCUAGGCUGGUCACACAGGCACUCUCGGGGGGCCGGCACCUUGCCUAACAUGCAAAAGGCAUUUGAUGACUGUUUCUUAACUGCUUAAUGAAUGGUGAUGGGUCAUGUGACAGGUGAGGGCCACUUCCGGAAGCACUACAGAUUGGCCGGGUUAGGCAAAAGAUGGAGAAGGUGCCUUCUGGGCCAUCUCUGAGGACCGUGAAUAUUAAUGGUCCGAACUCAUUUAUGGCUCGGAUGGGAGUGAGGGGCUGGUGCUUUCUUGCUUGAUUUCAUUUCGGUAUCUCACGAGCCCUGGGAGGGGGUGCUGAUGUAAUCCUUAUUUCGUUCAGUGGAAACUGAGCCCUAGACAGGUGACUUAGUAGGGUCACACAGCUGGGAGGGGUCCUGCAGAACGGAGCCUUGCCCAUUGUGUGGAAAAAAAAAUAAAUGAGUCUGCACUCUA